GUUAGUGAAAAUGUAUCAAAAAAUUGAAGUUUUCACCUGGCUGCUGGGGUACUUCGCCGCACGGUCCUUCAAUUUCUCCUCAGACAAUGUCAGAUCGCUGUAUCAUGACAAACUGAGCCAGAGGGACAAAGAGCUCUUCAAUUUCGACUUGAGCAGCAUUGACUGGUCCGAGUACAUGAGGAUAUACUACCUAGGGACGAGGAAAUACCUGAUGAAGGAUGAUCCAUCGACGAUCCCUGCCGCUAGAGUCAAAUAUAAUAGGUUACACAUCAUGAACCAAACGAUCAAAGUCUGUAUGUCAUUGGUACCUUUCCUGAUUCUCUACUUCAUCAUCUAUGCUGUUUUCCUUUGAAUUUGCGUUCUGGACACCCAGUCGAGAUACACAUCACCACAAGGAACGAUUAAACUUAGAAGAAUCCAAAGGAGUUCCAACACAAGCAAAUGACAAAUCAUAUUUAAACAUCGGCGGAGAAAUAAUACGAGAAAAAUCAUUAAGGCUAGCUCACGGACCUUUAUGUGAACCCGCCAGGCAAUACUUAAUCACUUUCUCAAAAGGUUUCUUACUGAUGUGAUGGACGAUUGACCGAAAUUUACGACCCAAUUUCGGUUUAGGGUCCUUAAAAUUUUAGGCUUCGCGGUUGAAUUCUUGAUAUCCCCGCAUUAAAACGGCCAAAAAUAUGCACAAAUUGGUGCAAAAUACGAUUUUAUUCUUGCGACAUCCUUUCUCAAAUGGAAGGGAGCUUUCCCCAUGGAAAUGGGACAGGCUUCAAUGUUGAGAAUCUAUUGAUUAAUUCAGUACAAAACUAAAACUAGCGUUUAAGAGACGAUGAAAUGUAAAUAUAGUUGUAAAUAUUGUUUAUUUAUACCGGUAAUCACCGGGCUUUUAACAUUGUAGCAACGACUUAGCGUGUGUUCAAUUUUAAGACGUUUGUUUCGGAGUUUGUCAAACCUGAAUGAAUAAAAUAGAGAUGAGAUACUCAAAAGUUAAAA